GGCGGGCGCGCGCACAGUCAGGCAGCGAGAACGCGCACAGUUGUGAGCUUCGCAACAAUGGCCACCUCGGACUCUAAAGCGGUUCUUUAAAUCCACGAACAUCGCCCUAAAUAUCGGCCUGGUUUCCUUUCAGAGCUGCUAAAAAAUAAACUGGAAUAAAUUCUGCACACGAAUAUAUGAUUAUUGCCGAUAAAUAUUAAAAAAAACCUCAAAGAUACUACUGAGAAAUAUUAAAAGCGAAUCAUGUAAACAGAACUAACCGGCUUGCAAGUUUUUUUUCAGUUUAGUGAACCAUUUAUCCAUAUAUGAUGGAUUUCUAUUCGUUUCUCAACCUUUAAAAGACUCAAAUACAAAAGCUCGGUGCCGGGGAAGGAUAAAGCACUGAAAACGAGACUUUUAUCCUUUCAGUUUUUUGUGUUUUUUUGAAAAGAGCUCGCUCGCUAGCUUAGCUUAGGUUAGCUUAGCACAGCUAGCUAGCUGAACGAGGCGAGGAGAGGAGAGGAGAGAGUGCGCAGCGGCCUCGCAGUGGGUUUGAGGUGUUUUUCCCCGUCAGGCUCCGGGAGAGGGAACUGUGACCGCAGCAGAGAGAGCGUGGCGGAGGGAAUCGCGGUUAAAGGCGGAUUUAUGUUCCAGCGGUGUUGUGUUUAAGGCCAGAGGAGAGCGGAGGCGCGCGCUGCGGGCCGGGCAUGAGUUCCGGGUAAAGCGGUUCCGAGAGCAGCGCGAACUGUAAGGGAGCGUGGUGGGCGGAAUAAGGCAUGCCUGGCUCGGACCGACAUCAUGUCACCAAGCGGAAGUCGGAACCUGAAUACAAACAAGCAGCGACGGCCACCACCGGAAACGCCGACUCCAGGCUUCAUCAGACCAAAUCUACAGGCUCCUCCUCGUCCUCCUCCUCUUCAUCCUCCUCCUCAUCAUCGAAACACAACAAACGCCACAGGGCGCCCAGGCAGGGCAGCCGGGCCGACUCUCCGGUGGAGCCCCCUGUCGUCUCCAUUAAGCCUCUGGUGGAAUACGAUGACAUAAGUUCCGAUUCGGAUGAGUUCCUGGACCCUCCCGGACCUCCGGCCGAGAGAGAGCAGAAUGAGCUGUACCGUAACAGAGAGAUCCGGACUCAUAAACGCAAACGCUCGAGGAGAAAGUCCAAAGACCCGCAUCGGGUCCGGGAGUCGGGCGACGACGGAGACAGAGACGCCAAGAUGAAGAAGAUGAGCGACCGAGAGGGAAAAGACGCAAAGCGGAAAAGCAGAGACAAGCUCGCGUCCGCUGUGGGGGUGUCUCGCCCGGACGGUGACUCGGGUUCGAGGCGGGAGCUCGCCGAGUCACAUUCGUCCUCUGCCGGCCUUCAGUUAUCUGAGUCGUCGAGCGCGGCGUCGCAGAAAAACAAAAUCAAAGAAUCCCACGAUUCGUCCCACAGGUCGUCUCACCGCUCGCACCGGAACAAGGCCGAGCACGAACACGAGCGCGAGCACUCGGACCGCAGCCGCCGCAAGGCGUCCAAAAACCGGAAAGGUGGCUCGUCUCGAACUGGAGGUGGCGGCGGCGGCGGCGGUGGUGGGGGUGGUGCCUCAGUCUCCACCUCCUCCCCUGUGGACCCAGAGGACGGGUACUCGUCCCGGCGCCGUGCGAGCACCCCGAGUCCGUACCGGGACAGCUCCCGGAGGAGCAGGCAAAGAUCCGAGAGUCCGUACUCACGCCGGAGAUCCUCCAGCUACGACCGGGAUGGGAGUCCAUACGGGAACAGACGCUCGUGCAGCACCAGUCCGGUGUCCCGGCGCUCGAUCCGAUCACGCAGUCGCUCUCCUCUGUACUCGUCGUCUCGUCGAUCCUCUUCACACUCGCGCAGCAAGAAACACACUUCGCUGGGUGGAGCCAGCGGGAGCUCCACCUCUAGAAGCCGCCCAGCCAGUCGCUCCCCUUCGUCUUCUCGCCUGCCCAUUUCGUCGAGCCUGGGGGCGGAGCUUACACGCAGGAAAAAAGAGAGACAGGCUGCAGCGGCAGCUCGGGCGGCUGCGACUCCGCCCACUCAGCCUCAAGACCAGAAGGUGGACCUAGAGUCAGGCCCGCCCCCAGCACCAGAGCCCCCUCUGCCUGCUCCUGCUCUGAAUCCCAUCGCUCCAGAAGAAAUGGAUGUAGCACCGCCUCCUCCUCCACUUCCUGCAAAUUCCCCGCCCCCUCUUCCUUUGAACUCUCCACCUCCGCUUCCUUUAAACUCUCCACCUCCGCUGCCUUUGAAUUCACCACCACCGCUUCCUCUGAACUCUCCUCCUCCACUUCCUACUUCAGCCCCACCUACAUCCUCAGCCCCGCCUCCUCAGCCAAAAAGCCCUCCCCACAAAACCACUCCGAUCAAAACCUCCACCCUUCCGCCCCUCCCUCUACCACCGGCACUACUGGGAGACUGCAGGGACAGUCCGAAGAAGGUCACGCCCACUCACCGUACCUCAAGGAAAGAACGAGAGAAAGAACGAGAGAAAGAAAAAGAGAAAGAGGUUAGGACACGCCUUCUUAGUGACUUGCCCCUCCCACCUUUACUACCUGGAGGGGAUUCAUCUCCACCCCUUUCACCUGUGCAAGAAGCCCCGCCCCCUGUACAGCACACCUACAAGAAGAGACCAAAGUUCUGCUCUCCUCGUUUUGGUGAGAAGAGACAAACCCAGAUCGACUGGGGGAAACGCUGCGUGGACAAGUUCGACAUCAUCGGCAUCAUCGGGGAAGGAACAUACGGACAGGUGUAUAAAGCCAAGGACAAGGACACAGGUGAGCUGGUGGCCCUGAAGAAGGUGCGUUUGGAUAAUGAGAAGGAGGGCUUCCCCAUCACAGCCAUCCGGGAGAUUAAAAUCCUCAGACAGCUGAACCACCGCAGCGUCGUCAACAUGAAGGAGAUCGUCACAGACAAGCAGGAUGCACUCGACUUCAAAAAGGACAAAGGAGCGUUCUACCUCGUGUUUGAGUACAUGGACCAUGACCUGAUGGGGCUGUUGGAGUCGGGCCUCGUCUCGUUCUCACACGAACACAUCCGCAGCUUUAUGAGGCAGCUGAUGGAGGGACUGGACUACUGUCACAAGAAGAACUUCCUGCACAGAGACAUCAAGUGUUCCAACAUCCUGCUCAACAACAGCGGACAGAUAAAGUUGGCUGAUUUCGGGUUGGCGCGUCUGUAUAACUCGGAGGAAAGUCGGCCGUACACCAACAAGGUGAUCACGCUGUGGUACCGCCCACCUGAGCUGUUGCUGGGGGAGGAGAGAUACACACCUGCCAUCGAUGUCUGGAGCUGCGGGUGCAUUCUGGGAGAGCUCUUCACGAAGAAGCCCAUUUUCCAGGCUAAUCAGGAGCUGCUGCAGCUUGAGCUCAUCAGCCGUCUGUGUGGCAGUCCGUGUCCUGCAGCGUGGCCUGACGUCAUUAAACUGCCCUACUUCAACACCAUGAAGCCCAAGAAGCAGUACAGACGCCGCUUACGAGAGGAGUUCUCCUUUUUGCCCUCUUCAGCUCUGGACCUCUUUGACCGUAUGUUGACCCUUGACCCCUCACGAAGGUGUACAGCAGAGCAGGCUCUGGCGAGCGGGUUCCUCUGUGAUGUUGACCCCAGUAAGAUGGCGCCUCCAGAUUUGCCUCACUGGCAGGACUGUCAUGAGUUGUGGAGUAAGAAGAGGCGGAGACAGAGGCAGAGCGGGCUGACCGAGGACGCGCCUGUUCAGAAAGCAGCGCAGCAGAAGGACUCGGGGAGCACAGCCAGCCGAGAGAACAGUCAAUCAGCACCCAGCUCCUCCCCCGCCCCGCCCCCCACCACACACACUGACCUCACAGGUCUGGGUGCGGUCACUGAUCAGUUGAAUCAGACGGAGAUGGCGGUGCUGCUGAACCUGCUGCAGGGUCAGACCGAGCGUCUCACUCUCCCUCAGAUGGCUGAGCAGCUCCUCUCUUCCUCCUCCUCACUUCCUGUCCCUGACUCCGCCCCAGACGCAGACUCCUCUCAACAGCUGGAGCUGCUCAGCCACACCCUCUCAUCUCUCAUUCAGGCAUCCAAUAGCGUCCCGACUGCUGCUGCUGCUCCUCCUCAACCUGAGGCUCCUCCCCCAGAAGCCCCGCCCUCAGACGACACCACCGGCCUCCUUGCACUUCUCCUGAGCCAGCUGAUUAAAGCUCCGCCUCAGGGGGUGGGUCAAGGUGAGGAGAGCAACGGCGUCCAGUCGGACGGGGCGGUGACGAGAAGUGGCUCCGCCUCCCUUUCAGGCGCCGACUGCAAGGGAGCUUGCUGAAGGUAGUGAGUGUGGAACUGAAGAAACGUCAGCGUGCGCGCACACAGCGGUUUGGGUUUGUCGCUUCUUUACAGCGUCACGCCUCAUUUGCAUAAAAGUGAGAAAAUAUCAGUUCAGAGGUCGCUGAAGUCGCAGCUCUGGGCCGGGCGCAUGAAGAGAAUAAAUCUGAUCUAAAUAAAUCGCUCAUGAGUGUGAACGGAGUGAUUCAGUCCCGUUUUACAUUUUUGGUACAAAAUAAUAAAACUUUCUGUUCAGAUUCAGACGUGUGACUCCUCAGAGCUGCUCAAGGUUUAUCUUAUAACUGUGUAAUAAAUUUAGAGCAGGUCAAUUUGCAUAAAUUAAAUAGACUGGUGUGUGCUCCUGUGAGUGGAGAGUAAACCGAGGAUACAGGAGCACGCGCGCACACUGCAUGAGUGGAGCUGUUAACGUGGUGAACGCUGUCCGGUCUGAUUUCGCAUCAGCGUGAGAUCGGACUGUUAUUAAUCCUGACAGUGCAUCGUAGAAUAAAGGAGUAACGGAGCACUAACGUGACAUUCUUCACUGGAGUGAGCGAGCACAGGGUCUAGUGUUUAUAAACGUGUUAUUAAAGGGUAAUAAUCACACAUGUGGACUGGGGUUAGAGUCGGGCGUCUGGAUGAUUUUAUAUUUGCGUUACACUUCCUCAGUCGCAGUUCGCCUCCUGAUCAUCUGUGUUUGUGUGUUUUUAUGUCACUUGGUUUUUUUGGGGUGUGUGUGGGGGGGACACGGUGUCGCAGUGUGUCCUCUCGGCCAACGUUGAAUAAAUUAUGAGCUGAACACGAACAGCAUGUCUUUCUUUUUCCUUUCCUUAUUUUUUCAGUUCAUUGUUUUCACCUCGUCAUUAUUUUCACUGCACAUGAAGAGUUUUAUUAAAAUCUAAAACAUGAUCAAAUAAA